CUCGAAGCUCGAGUGUUAUUAGAGUCGAAUUCCCUGACCAUGUCACCAAAGACCGACCAGCUUGCGUGACCGGCCGUUAAUGACCGACCAAGGGUUACACACGAGGUGCAAUAAGCAUUUGAGACUAAAAGGCCGCAGAGUCGUUAGCAUCGCGGGGGUACUGGCAGAGCACGCCUUAUCCCCUCCUUUCAACACAAUCUGAUAGCUAUAUCUUGACCUGCAGCUAGACAGCCUGCGGACAAGUUCCGCUCAAGAAAGAUAUUGCAGAUCGUCAUGUUGCAUAUCUUUUCGUCAAUGGCGACAUGGUCUCUGCAGUGUGCACGUUCUUUUUAAGCCCCCAGCCGGGACUGUGCCGCUCCUGCAACAGCCAGCACCAUUACAAUGACCUCUCCCAAGCAGCGACGAUGGUACCAGAUGCGGUGGUUUUCGGACAAUGACACCUCCGGGGACAGAAAGCUGAUUCUCAAGCUGGAUGCUCUGAUUGUCCCGUAUGCCUUUCUGUCCUACUGGACGAAAUACAUCGAUCAAGCCAACCUGAACAAUGCCUAUGUAUCGGGAAUGCAAGAAGAGAUUGGCCUCGGUGGAGAUGACUUGGUGAACCUCCAGACGAUGUAUACGGUCGGCGCGGUGGUCGGCCAGCUCCCAUUUGCGUAUCUCUUCACGCGAGUGCCCAUCUCAUGGCUGAUCCCCAUCAUGGACAUCGCCUGGGGCAUCUUCACUCUUCUCCAAUACCGGGCCACCUCGUACAGCGAGAUGAUGGCCUACCGGUUUCUGGUGGGAUGGUUCGAGGCGGCAUUCUUCCCCGGGAUGCAUUAUAUAUUUGGGGCCUGGUAUCGCGGAGACGAGAUCGCCCGCCGUGGGGGUUGCUUCUAUGUGGGCCUGACGCUGGGCACCCUCACAGCCAGCCUCAUCCAGGCCGGGGCUUCCUCGCGCCUGGAUGGGGUGUCUGGCCUUGCCGGCUGGCGAUGGAUGUUCAUUAUCUGCGCGAUCAUCACCAUUCCUAUCGGCAUCUUGGGAUUUUUCGUCCUACCCGGUACCCCGGACAAGCCCAACCGACUGAUUCUUCGGGAAGAAGACGUCCAACGUGGGCGUGAGCGACUCGAGCGCACCGGUCAUCGGUUCACCUCGUCCGGCUUCUCCACGCUGCAAACCUGUCGGUCCCUCCUUAAGAACCAGAAAUUCUACAUCUUCCUCGUCCUGGAUAUCCUGUUCUGGAAUGCUGGCCUCCACGCGUCCGCAGGGGGGUAUCUCCUCUGGCUAAAAUCGCUCCAACGCUUCAGCACGGCCACCCUGAACAACCUCUCCGCUAUUGCCCCCGCCCUAGGCAUUUUCUAUACUCUCUUUGUGUGCUUCCUAUCGGACCUCUGUCUGGGUCCGGCGUGGGCCAUUGUCCUAGCCCACACCUGGAACAGCCUCGGGCUGAUCAUUCUCACGAUCUGGGAGGUGCCCGAAUCGGCCAAGUGGUUUGCGUUCUCGACCAUCUAUGCGUGUGUGGCCAUGUCGAGCGUGCUGUACGGGUGGGUCAACACCGAGCUCCGGUAUUCCCCGCAAGAACGAGCCGUGGUCCUGGUGGUCAUCAAUGCGGUCUCUCAAUCUACGACGGCCUGGACGCCAUUGCUGGUGUUUCCAACCGUGGAGGGGCCUCGCUUUACCAAGGGUUAUGCAUUCACGUUGGCGUCUGCGCUGGCGUUGAUUUAUACCUAUUCAAAGAACUUCAAGGAUGGAGCUCUGUUGUUCCAUUACAAGGGAUUACUGUGA